AAAUGAACUCUUGACCUUCCCCUUCACUUGAUUGUUGUUUCUCUAGCUGUCUCGCUGAUGAACGGUUUCUGACUUAAUUAAUUCAAAUAAUUUCUUGAUUCAUCGACAAUUUUCAUCCAGACAUGAGCAUUAUGUUAGGGAACAAAUCCCUGCCGAACGGCGUCGAUCCGGCUCGAGAAUAUGAGUUCAGCGACAGUGAGGAUAUUCGAGAAAAGAGGACGACGGCACAACAAGAAUCGGACGAAGAUACAGAGGAUGCCAGUGAAACGGAUGCAGCUAAACUUGAAGAGGAAUACACAGAGAUGAAAGAGAUGAUUUACAAAGAGAAAUUGGCCACGCUGAAGAAGCAGCUUCAGCAGGUGAUGGAUGGCACACACCCUGAACUCAACCGCAAACUCAAGAAGAUGGAGCAACAAUUCAAAGAGCGUCUACGCAUGGCAGAGAUUGCUAAGCAAGUAGAGAUGGAGCUUGUGGAAAGAGAAUAUCUGAAAGAUCAGAAGAAUGCUGGCAAAGACUUUGAGGUGAAGAAGGUGGAUCUCAUGGAGACGUUGUUAUUAGAUCUGGAUGAUAGAAGGAGGAUGAUAGAGAUUGAACAUCAGUCUAUGGAGCUGACAGGAGAUUCAAUGGAGAUCAAGCCAGUGAUCACAAGGAAGCUACGACGGAGACCCAAUGACCCUAUUCCUCUACCAGAGAAGAGAAGGAAACCAACUCCUGGUUCAUUCUGCUAUACAUUAAAUGAGGAGGAGAUUGCAUCAGAUCUGAAGGCCCUCACUAAGAACAAGAGUGGGACCACAAAGAAAUCAGGGUCCAUGCGGAAGUCAGCUGAGAAGUCGUCAUCCUGGAAACCUAAAGCUUCUUGGAAACCAAAGACCGGUAUGAAAUCCCACUCCAACCACAGCAAUCAUAACCAUAACAGCAGCAGCGGUGCCACCAGCAACGCUGCCGGUAGCACCAACACCGGCAGCACUACCACUGGUGCCACUGGCAGCACCAACACCACCACUACCUCCAGUGGCAGCCACUCCACAGGAAGCAGUAGCAACCACAAGUACAACGUCAGGAUCGAGGAUGGGAAACUGUUCUACGAGAAGCGCUGGUUCCAUCGAGGCCAGAAUGUCUAUGUGGAGUCGAAGGACAUGGGCAAAGUCAGCGCAAUUGUAACCUCCAUUGGGCAGAUUGAGAUCUGGGUAAAGAAGACUCUUGACAACCAGAAGAUGAGGAUUUACGUCACACAGAUGCAGAAAGGCAAAUACAAGAUCAGGAAACGAUCUACAUAGCCCAAUCACUGUAUACAAAUCAUUUUAAUAGGCGUGUUUAUGAUGUACUAUAUUGUAAAUAUUAAUGUGGUCUGUUUUGAAGGGCCUGUUCUUACUGCCUCAGCAAUAGAUACUGAAAACAAAAUAUGGUCCACCUAGUCUUGGGAGCCUGAACGGUGCUAGAGUCUGGAUGUUACAGAACAAAACCUUGAAGUUUCUGGAAAACAUUUUUAGAAUAAAAAGAGAAAGGCAAUUGAAUGUGUUCUUGCAGUGUUCUGACCAAAUUUUAAAUUUAAAUUGAAUGGAAUUAAUACAACUGAUAGCUCUUCCAACAUGCAUCAUUGAAAAGCCGUAUCAGGAAGACUUUUAUACUAGUUUAUGCUUAGGGUUAUUUAUUUAUUUUGGUUUUAGAAUUAUUGAAAGAGGCAGUGAGAACAGCUACAUGUGUUCAACAUAGUGACUGUAUGGUAAGCCGAUUACCAAUCAUGGUUAAAAUAAAUUGAAAUUCUUUCAUAUGAGGUUUA